GUGGCAGGAGGGUUGUUCUUUGUUCAUGAACUUAAUCGGCCACGUCAGAUGCGGUUUGAUAUCUCCAAAGUCCAAUGUUGAGAUGCUAGAAUUGGACGGUGAAGAAGAUAAAAUGUAGAGCAUUUGUUCAGAUGAAGUGAUUUCCUAAGAACUAUCUCAUAUUCAAAUCCGAAAGAGAAGAAAAAAUGUCGUAAAAACGCUUGAUCACUGUGUGGACUAGGUGAAGAAUAUGACGAUCGCUUCGCUAGUCCACACGAUAAAGCAAUGGCCCAGAUGGAAACAAGGUUUCCUUGCCGGCUCAGCCUCGAUCCCAGUUUAUUACUGGUGGGAUCGACGUGGAACUUACCGAGCAGGUCGUAGUUACCGACAAAGAGUCACAGACAAAGUUUUUAUGGAUAUUGCAAUUGGCAACUCGUAUGCUGGUCGCAUCAUAUUUGGCCUCUACGGCCAUGAUUGUCCUAUGACAUGCGAGAAUUUCUUGCAACUCUGUAAAGGGUUCGAGAUCAAAGACAAGAAAAUCGGAUACCGAAAUACGCUUUUUCACCACGUGAAUCCUGGUGCGGUGGUCGUUGGAGGAGAUGUGAUCGCUGGAGACGGAUCUACACACGGAUGUAGUAUUUAUUAUGGCCUGUGCUGACGAAAAGGGUGUUGGUGACGCUGUGUAAAUUUGAUUAAUGAAGAUGACUGCGUCGUCCUCCUCGAGGUUCAAAACUAUUAUUCACACUCACUAGAUCUAGUACUAGGCGGUAGUACAACAUCACAAGCGUAAGCAGGGUUGUAAUCCCUAUAAAAAUCAAUUUAGAAUUUACUAGUCUACCACUUGAAGAAUUUUCUAACUCAAAAGCUUCUAACUUUCUGGCCGCCAGUUCCCAGACGAAGGUUACGACGUCCAUUUUACACACGAAGGCGACCUUGCGAUGUGCAGGUGGGGCAAUGACACGCAGGGAAGUGUCUUCAUGAUCUCGCUCAGUCGGAGUUUUACGGCUUGUAACGCGGACGGCUAAUCCAUCCCUGCUUCUAUAGAUGAGAUCCCCUAAGCAACGGCGUAAAGGGGAUCGAUACUGAGUAGGCUCAAGAAUGAUACCUCUUGUUGAUUUUCACAGAACCAGAAGGGAUGAUUUAUGUCGAAGUGUCUUUCUCUAUCUAGCUCUAUCACUAUCUAAUAGUUGCAAACGUCUUUUGCAGGGAGAACACGUAGUGUUUGGUACAGUUUUGAAGGGAAUGCGCGUAAUAGAGGACAUGGCCUCUAUGGGGUCGAAGCGGGGUAAUUUCACAGAAGAACAGCCACCGAUCAUGCCGAUUAGUUAUGAUAUAGGCUACUUUCCCACUCCUGUGCAGCGUCUCACGUUUUUUUCUUGUUCGAGUGUUCUUUCCCCGCUUUCACUCAUCUCUAAGUAACAAUACUAGAAUGUGGCGUCCUCGACGAAAAAACAGCACGCAUACCAGUCCCGCGCGAAUUCCGCGUACAUCAAACACGGAGACUCACAGAAACCGAAUUUGUGACGAGACGUGAAUUAAUGCUGAACUUGGAAGCUACGUGAGAAGGGAAGAAGAUGAACCAAACGAAGCCGAAAUAAUGAGUCAUCUAUGGUACUAUUUUUCACGUGGUAUAAUUCCCAGGACCGACAUUCAAUCACAGCAAAGAGAACAAAAAUCCUCUGCGUUGUACUUUGCGUACACAUGAUUUUUGGCGUUCUACUUCGCUUUCGCGCAUCGAUCUAGAAGAUGAAAUGGAAAUGUUUGGGCGUCGCGAUUGUCCACCCAAUGAAGAGACCACGGCUAUUGCCACCGUGCUCCCUCGGAUGAGCACGAUUCUUUUCAAGAUGUAGUUCUGUGCGAAACACGAACCUACUUUUCAAACGUGCUUGAAGAUAUAUGCGCAUGUUCUACUCGCUCCUUCGUGUUGUGCUUACUCAUAAU